AUCAAUUACUACCAACCACCAUAACGGACCAAACUUGUUUCUUGCUUUGGUCUCGAUUAGGAUGCCACAAUAUUAUCUCCUGCAGUAAAUUAUCUUUAAUCUCAGGCACAAGCAGUCGACAAUGGUCAGCUCUACUAAGAAAGAGUCCAGCGUCAUUGGCAACGAUUCGGAAGUCGAGUACUUGGACUAUUGCUCCCUGUCAAUAGACGAAAUCCGAAAGAUGGCAGCGGGAAACGACGAAGAGCGCAAGCGUCAUUUCGUACCACUCUCCAAGGUCAAGAAGGGGGACGUCUUGAAAGUUGAAAAGAUGACAUUCUUCGCGGAGGCUCUUUGUGUUCUUUUUUUGGCCUUCGUCGUUCCGAAUGGGGUUUUUACUUUGCCACCAGCCAUCGCCUUGAUCGGAAAAUUAGUUUUGGGCGAUGUUAAAAUGGCGUUUAAGAUUUUUGGGAUGUUCCUUCUGCCCUUAGCGAUUUUGCCACAAGAAUUUGUUCCUACCAGUCUGCAAAGCUAUCUUGCCAUUCAGGUUUCCAAGUAUUUCUCAUUCCGUUUCGUAGUGGAGAAGAGACCACCACCGCCGGAACCAACCAACAAAAACUACCAUUCUGGCAUAUAUGUAGCACCUCCUCAUGGUGUUUUCCCGUACGGAAACAUUCUCAGUAUGCUCGGAUUUCCAACAAUGUUUGGCCAUCACUUUCGAGGACUUGCUUCUUCUGCUGCUCUGCGCCCUCCGAUUUUCAAACAGGUCCUCCGUUCCAUAGGGACGAUCGAUGCCUCGCGACACGUUGCACGGAGCGCACUGGAAGGCGGCGAAAGCAUUGGAAUAUCCACGGGAGGAGUUGCAGAAAUAUUUUUUACCAAUGAAAAGGAUGAAUGUAUCUUGCUAAAAGAAAGAAUAGGGCUGAUCAAACUAGCGAUUCGGACUGGCGCCGAUCUCGUGCCGUGCUAUCUGUUUGGGAAUACGACGCUCCUAAAUUGCUGGGCUGGCGAGGGAAUUCCAGGAGCGACAACUGUUUUGGAGAAAUUCUCUAGGAAAUUGGGGUUUGCCCUUAUUUUGAUUUAUGGGCGUUUUUUCUUGCCCAUUCCCUUCCGUAAGCCCAUUCUUGCUGUGAUGGGAAAGCCAGUACACACACAUCACGUGAAAGGAGAGGACCCAACCCCCGAGCAAAUUGAGAUGAUUCAAACCCAGCUUCUCACGGAAGUGGAACGAAUCUUCAAUACGUACAAACAUCUCUACGGAUGGGACGAGAAAAAGAUUAUCAUCAAAUAGCAGAGAUGAGUUCUUUCUUUCAAAAAGUAGAGAAACAAUAAAUAAUACAAUAUCAC